CAUUCUCUCUGGACACGUUCUGCAGGAGGUGUUUCAGUUUGAUGCGAUGUGGCUCUUGAAAAUGAUCAGUGUGAUGCUGGUGAUUACUCUCACGUUGCUAGGUGUUUCUGGGAGUAAUUGGAAGGUGACCUUUAACGAUACAGCUCCAUGUGCCUUAAGAGGGUCAUCAGUGGUGUUUGCAUGCAGUUAUGCCUACCCCUCAGAUCAGACUAUUACAAAUAGCUUCUGGUAUUUCUCGAGUCAAAGGAAGAACAAUGAUCUCUUUCUGGCCGAGGGAUACAGAGGACGUGUAGAAUACCUUGGAAACAAAGACAACAACUGCACUUUGAAAAUUAAUAACCUAAUUAGUAGUGACGCAUCACAAUACCACUUCAGAUUUGAGACGGUUAAUAAAGGUGGCGAAACGAAUGCAUGGAGCAGCAAAACAUGGGUUUCACUAAGUUUGACAGGGCUGACAGCCAAAGUACAGCCUGCAACUGUGAGAGCGGGAGAGAGGGUGACACUAACGUGUGUCACAACCUGUACACCAAGUGACCAUCCCACUAUUGUUUGGUCCAGGGAUGGACACUCAGUAUCCAACACAGAGUUCCUGGCCAGCAGUGAGGAUUCUGGCAGAUACCGAUGUGCUGUUCAAGGUCAAGAGAAUCUCAACUCUGCUCCAAUGUCUCUUGAUGUCAAAUAUGCCCCAAGGAACACCUUGGUGUCAGUAAGUCCCUCUGGUCCAGUGGUAGAGGGAAGCUCUGUGAACCUGACCUGCAGCAGUCAUGCCAACCCAGCAGUGGAGAACUACACCUGGUUUAAGAAGGAUGGAACAGACACCUCACAGACAGGGUCAGGAGAGGUGUUGAGAUUGACUUCUCUAACCUCCUCUGACAGUAGACAGUACUUCUGUGAGGCCAGGAACAAAGAAGGGGCUCACAACUCUACUGUUCUGUCUCUGAUCCUGCAGGAUACAAAUACUGUCCAAAUGCCAGUUUACAUCAGUUCCGCGGCCACAAUUUUCAUGGUGAUCAUACUUCUUGUGUUCCUAUGGAUGUGGUAAGUCUCUGAAACAUUGUUUACUCAAUUCAAUAACAGAAUGUAGAGUAUGAUGGCCUUGUGAUACCGAUUUGUUCCCCCAACGAAGAUUGUUUUCUUUGACAGGAAGAGCCCAUUCAAAUUAUGUCAAAAGACUGCUGUGGACAAAAAGGUCAAUGGAACACAGCAUAUACACUCCAAUUCAACAUACCAAUCGCAUGUCAGUGCAACAGUGUUAUCUGGAGGUUCAUGGUAUUUGAACAAUGUUCAUGCGCAAGCUUUCAUUCUUUCCCGGUAACAUGUUACUUAGUUUAACCAGUGGAUAAAGCUACGGUGAGCAGUCAAUAUAUCAAACAUUUUGUAUUGUUUUUUACUAAUUCCAUCUUUCAGGAUGAUCAAAACCCAGUCUUAUUCAGUGGAAGGACCAGUAAUGACCCAGCAACACAGAAAGCUAGAACGGAGGAACGGGAAAAUGCCCUCUAUGCCAACAUUCAACUGCCUCCCUCUCACACCCACUCCCAAGACAGUUCUCUGUACUCUGUGGUCGAGCCACAAGCUCUGCAGAACCCUCCUGACCCUUAUUACGCUACCUUUGACUUCCAGCAGUUCUGCAGCUCCAUCGACAGGGCCCAACUCUCAGGAGUCCAUGAGGAUGAUGUUGUUUACUCCAAGAUGAAAACCAAACAGGCCAAGGUGACAGACAACCUACAGUAUGCCAGCAUCCAGUUCCCCCUCCCCAGUCCUACUGCCAGGUCAGAAGAAAGAUUAGAGGUGGACCAUUCUGUUAUCUACUCCACUGUUGCCAAACCUGAAGCCUGAGCAUAUCAUUUCAUAAUGUUGAAUAAACUAAGCAGCAUUGGAACACAUGUUAAGAUAUGUAAAGUAUGCAAUUAAUGGGUAGUUAUAGCAAUAGAUGUAUAUGUCUUGUACUGUACUUGUAAUGCAUGUGUCUCGGUGAGCUUCCAUUGCUUGUGAUUGAUUGAUUGAUCGUGAAAUUUCAUUGGCUGACUGUUUAAUUUUAAGUUUGAGGUGUGACCGCCCAGGGGAAGGUGCAGGUGAGAGGGAAGUGGCCAUAUGGCUGGUUUAGUUUGUAACUGUCUGACAAAGUUUGAGAAAAUAUUGUUGAUUUAUCUUGAAUUUAAGUUUUGUUAGAUCUUCCCUUGACCUAACCAGAUCUUGUAUUUUUGGUUGUUUAGUUUGUUUGUUUUAUUAAAUAUGUACUGUUAUUACCUCCUUUUUGACUUGGUUGAAAAAGGGUCUCGGUAAUUCAGUUUGUAUUCACUAAUGGAGGAGAUGAAAGAAAUGAAAUAACUUGCAACCUGUUGUUGAUUUUAUUUUGCCACUCAACCCCAACUUGAAGAACCUGUGUAUAAUAUGUGAUGGGCAGAGCUACCAAGUACAUGCUACAGAUAAACUCAGCAAAAAA